AUGGAUAUUACUAAGUUAAAGACGGUAGCCGAAGGCGCCGUCGACAAGUAUAAAGAAGAAUUAAAUGAAUUAAGUCAAGCUAUAUGGUCUGUACCAGAGCUUAACUUCAGUGAACAUUCUGCUCACAGAGUUUUAACAGAGUUUCUAGAGAAGGCGGGAUUAAAAGUUGAGAGAAAUUUUAUCCUAGAGACGGGAUUCAGAGCAACAUAUGGUGAUGACGAUUCUUCUAAACCUAAUAUUUGUGUGAUAUGUGAGUAUGAUGCUUUACCGGAAAUAGGACAUGCUUGUGGACAUAAUCUUAUAGCCGAAGUUGGUGUAGCUACAGGAUUAGCUAUUAAAGCUGCCAUGAAUGCUUCUCAGGUUCCACUCGGGAAGGUAACGGUUUUAGGAACACCUGCCGAAGAAGGUGGAGGUGGAAAGAUAGACCUGAUAAAUGCAAAAGUAUUUGAUGAUAUUGAUGUUGCUAUGAUGUCACAUCCGUCAACGUACGAUUAUGCCAAACCACCAACACCAUCAAUUAACCAGUUAGUAGACUAUAGGUUUGAUGACAGACCAUAUUCCAGUUUAAUCAGUAAUAAGACCAUUGUGGGAUUGUUCGAGACGAAUGCUGCGGAAGCAGGUAUUGAAUUAUGGGAUGAACCAGAUCCACGAACUGGAUCGACAGAUAUGGGUAAUGUUUCGCACGUGGUACCCAGAAUACAUCCUAUGUACUCUAUUGGUGGUAAAGCAGCCAAUCAUACCAAGGAAUUCACAACAGAUUCAGGUUCUGCUGUCGCCCAGUCGUUCACAUUGAAACAAGCCAAGGUGUUAGAAUACACAGCUCUGGAUAUAUACAGUAGACCCGAGCUUCUCAAACAAAUAAAACAAGACUUUAUCAAAGACUUAAAAAAUGCCUUAUCAUAA